CAAAGAAAACAGUAGAAUGUAAAUAAUGAUGGCGAUGUCGUUAACCGGGUUAAUAAUACCAAUACGGUUCUGAAAACGUUAUACAGCUGCUCUUGUACUUGUACGCGACAGCCGUGACAGGUAUAACAAUUCGUUACGGUUCUUGGAGUUUGGAGUUUGGAGUUUGAAGCUUGGAGUCUUUUAUUACAAAAGAUUAGAAGAUAUGUCUGUCUAACCUGUUUAUAAUGUGCACACCCCCACGAGGCUCGUGCAAAAACCUUUGUUGAUUCAGAUGAUAACUUGUUAACCAUACAAUGAAAAGGGGCAGCAUAAAAACAAGAUGGCAGACGAGCCCAAUCGUGUGUUUCUGUGGAGCAUCCCUCGUUCGGUCUCCACGGCCAUUGUUAAGUGUCUGAGUUACGUGGACGGCAUCCAGAUUGUAAACCACCUGUACGCCAGUGGGCACUACAUGGGUGUUAAUGGAGAACUUCCCGAACCAGAUCCGAGCAACCCGACGGUGUGCCAGAUCCUGGACGUUACAAGGAGACUGAUUGAUGAGGUACAACGGGACAAGGCAUCCGGGAUAGAUUACACCUUGUUGUCCUACCAGUGGAUUCGGGAUGAGGUCUUGGAAGCAUCUUACCCCAACAAGAAGCUCCUUCUGUGUCGAGACCAAGCCCAGUACCUGCAUGGCAGAUACGACAUGUUGCCUAGGGGAUUCAAGUACAGCUUCUUAAUCCGUCAUCCCAUCAGAGUCUUCCGAUCUUACAAGACGUAUCUCGCCAACAUGUGGGGUUGUGAGUUUCCUGACAUGCGGACCCUGCCUCCAAUAGCAUUUCCUCCCGGCUGUGGUUACAAGGAGCUCUUCGAUUUGUUCGAGUAUGUCGGGAAGAACAUCGACCCCUCGCCGGUCAUACUGGACGCCGACGAUCUGCUACAAGACCCGGCGGGAAUAUUGUCGACCUACUGCUCCAAGAUGGGAAUACCGUACUCCGACAAGCUGCUGUCCUGGCAAGCCGAUGGUGAUAACAUCACCAAAACUUGGAUAAUGUCAAAUUCAAUCGGAGCAUCCAACAGGAUGCAGGGCUACUACUACAAGCGAGCAUUUGAGAGCGUGGGAUUCGUGAAGACUUCCCCGCUACCUGAUCUGGCGAGUCUACCGGAUGAUGUCCAGGCGUGCGUUGAGUACAGCCUGGAUUACUACGAAAGACUGCAUCGUGAAAGAAUUAAACCUGGGAUUUAAGCUUCAAGGUCUUAAUAUUAGUUGAUCAGAAAAUUAGCUAUGCUCCAAAAGUCUAAAACAGCAGAUGCAUGACUUAAGCAGCAUAAUUAACUGAUUGUUCUCCCGUUUGAAUGAGUUUAAUGCUUUAUGGUAUUUGAGUAAUUGGUAGAAUUUUCAUUUUCAUUUAUGUUUAACUAUUUGGCUUAAAUAUAUCGCGUAGAAUGCUCGAAGGUUCUUGGAUGGGAGUGCCGAAGUUCCUACGAUAGACCGGUUUUGGAUCAUCUUGUUGACAGCGCCCGCUACAUACUAGUGGCAGGCUGAAUCAAGGGAAAGGAUGAAUCAAGAGAAAGUCCAAAUCCAGCGUGGACCAAGACGUGCAUGUUUAACGGACUAUUUAUUGGUUUACCGAAAAGUGUACUUUACUUUCUACUUCCAUUAUCUUUUCAUCUCACAGAGUAUUAAGAAAAAGUCGUUUAAAAUUUGAUGUGUGAAGAAAAAUGGUAUUAAUUUGCAAUCAUUUUUUUGAGUACAUUGCUCAAAUAGUUUGCUGCAUCAUACUUAACACUUUCGACCCAAAAAUAAAUAAGUAAGUAACAAAAUAAAUAUAAACCCAGUGCUACAAAAAUCUUUAAAUUUGCUUAUGUACCAAUUGUUUUGUGGUGCUUUUUUUGGGGGGGGGUAAAGAUGUCUUGAACUUAAAAAAAAAAAAAAACAUACUUCCGAGCGUAGCAUCGUUUCACAGUAAAAAAUGCAUUCUCUCCAAUGUGCCAAAUCUAUCACAUGGAAUUGAAAUCAAAUUAUGAUUAGUGUAUUUCAAACCAGACAUAUUUUUGCAACCAGCCCCUUUAGUCCACACAAUGGUUGAACCAUGGUUGAACUCGCCCAUUGUUCACGCCUGGCAUAAUCCACAUCCAGCCCACACACCGGUAAAUACAUGGUGUCGAAUACAAUGUGCACAAAGGUUGUUCGCGGGUUCAGUACAGAAAUGGUGGUCUCACAAAUCCUAC